GUCGCACACUUGCCCUCCGUUGGUCUGGGGCUGGCCACAUGGAGCCAGAGCUGGAGCACACACUGCACAGGACCCCUUCCUGGAGCAGCCUUGGGGGUUCUGAGCAUCAAGAGAUGAGCUUCCUAGAGCAAGAAGACAGCAGCUCAUGGCCAUCACCAGCUGUGACCAGCAGCUCAGAAAGAAUCCACGGGAAAUGGAGGGCCAAGGCCUCGAGAUGGACAAGGCAGGAGGUGGUGGAGGAAGGGGAGCCACCGGGUCAGGGGCAAGGUCCCCGGUCCAGGCCAGCUGCUGAGUCCACCGGGCUGGAGGCCACAUUCCCCAAGGCCACACCCUUGGCUCAAGCUGAUCCUGCCGGGGUAGGCACUCCACCAACAGGGUGGGACUGCCUCCCCUCUGACUGUAUAGCCUCAGCUACAGGCUCCAGCACAGAUGAUGUGGAGCUGGCCACGGAGUUCCCAGCCACAGAGGCCUGGCAGUGUGAGCUAGAAGGCCUGGUUGAAGAGAGGCCUGCCCCAUGCCCGUCCCCGCAAGCCCUAUUUCCCAAGCUGGGCUGGGAUGACGAACUGCAGAAACCCGGCGCCCAGAUCUACAUGCGCUUCAUGCAGGAGCACACCUGCUAUGAUGCCAUGGCAACUAGCUCCAAGCUGCUCAUCUUCGACACCACGCUGGAGAUCAAGAAGGCCUUCUUUGCUCUGGUGGCCAACGGUGUGCGGGCAGCCCCUCUAUGGGACAGCAAGAAGCAGAGCUUUGUGGGGAUGCUGACCAUCACUGACUUCAUCCUGGUGCUGCAUCGCUACUACAGGUCCCCCCUGGUCCAGAUCUAUGAGAUUGAACAACAUAAGAUUGAGACCUGGAGGGAGAUCUACCUGCAAGGCUGCUUCAAGCCUCUGGUCUCCAUCUCUCCUAAUGACAGCCUGUUUGAAGCUGUCUACACCCUCAUCAAGAACCGGAUCCAUCGCCUGCCUGUUCUGGACCCGGUGUCAGGCAACAUACUCCACAUCCUCACGCACAAACGCCUACUCAAGUUCCUGCACAUCUUUGGUUCCCUGCUGCCCCGGCCCUCCUUCCUCUACCGCACUAUCCAAGAUUUGGGCAUCGGCACAUUCCGAGACUUGGCUGUGGUGCUGGAGACAGCACCCAUCCUGACUGCACUGGACAUCUUUGUGGACCGGCGUGUGUCUGCACUGCCUGUGGUCAACGAAUGUGGUCAGGUCGUGGGACUCUAUUCCCGCUUUGAUGUGAUCCACCUGGCUGCCCAGCAAACCUACAACCACCUGGACAUGAGUGUGGGAGAAGCUCUGAGGCAGAGGACACUAUGUCUGGAGGGAGUCCUUUCCUGCCAGCCCCAUGAGAGUUUGGGGGAAGUGAUCGACAGGAUUGCUCAGGAGCAGGUACACCGGCUGGUGCUAGUGGACGAGACCCAGCAUCUCUUGGGCGUGGUCUCCCUCUCCGACAUCCUUCAGGCACUGGUGCUCAGCCCUGCUGGCAUCGAUGCCCUCGGGGCCUGAGAAGAUCCGAGUCCUCAAUCCCAAUCCUCUUCCACACCUGGAAGACAAUGAAGGGAGCCAGGGAACUCAGCCUUCAUCUUCCCCCACCCCCAUUUGCUGGUUCAGCUAUGAUUCAGGCUUCUUCAGCCUUCCCAGAUUGCCCUUGCCCUGCCUGUGUUCCCAGAAGCCCUCGGACAUGCCCAGUGCACCAUGGCAUGAUGAAAUUAAGGAGAACAGCUGAGUCAAGUCUGGAGGUCCCUGAACCAGAGGCACUAGGAUUACCCCAGGGCCAUCUGUGCUCCAUGCCCACUCAUCCCCUUGCAGCCUAACUGGGUCGGACGGCCCCAGUGGGUUUAGUCAGGGCUUCUGGAUUCCUCGGUUUCUGGGCUACAUAUGGCUCCAGCCUUCAGCUCCUGGGAGUCCCAGCUGUUGUUCCCAGCAAUGUCGCCACUGCCCUCCUACUCUCCAGGCUUUAUCAUUUCAGAGCUGCUGAAAUGCUGCUUUUCAGGGGCCACCAUGGAGCAGCUGUUAUUUCUAGAACUGCCUGUUGGAGGUGGGGGUCCUCCCUCCAUUCUUGUCCAGAAAACUCCUUAGCUCUCGCAGUGAGCAGUGUUCUGUGUCCCCAGAGAUGGAUGGCCUUGUAUGUGGACCCCUAUGAAUGAGCAAUUGAAAAAAACACAACAAAAGGAACAAUCCACGAACUUAGAUUUUGUAGGUUUCUCUCAAAAUGCUGCAGUCUUUGACUUGAACUUGUGGCAAGAGACUUGUGCUUUCUGAAUUCAAAGACAAAAAGGAAAUUUGACAAAAAUCGCAAGUGGCAUUUCUUUUGCAUGUAGUGCUAUUCUACUGAAAUUUCUUUCUUCUCUUUUCUUUACAAAAUUGUAAAGAAAAUAUUAAUUCAUUGCUUAUAUAGUAGGUACAACUCGGCCUACAAACUCUAAUCUGCAAGAAGCAUAACUUUAUUUUUCUAACACAGAAUGUAAUUUCUAUUAGGAAUCCCGUUUCACCAGGUUUUAGAAAUUAAUCUCAGUCAAUUCAGAGUCUCCCCGGACCUUUUCCUGGGGUUAAGCUCAGUGGGGUUGCGGGGGGGUGGCUUUAAGUCGUGUAAGACUCUGGUCCUCAGUCAUCAUCAUCUGUCCAUUUCAGCACCUGCUUGGACAUCCUAUCUGGUCAUCAGUUGGUCAUGCAUGGUCUGCCAGGGGCUCCUUCACGUCCACAAAGCCUCUUUGGGGGCCUGUGGCUUGGAGCAUGUGGAACAUUCUAGCUCCUGGCCCUGCACACCCUCUGGCUUCAGGAAGCUCAGUGAUUCUGUUCCAGGCCAACUGCUAAGAUACAGAGCCCAGUCACCUGUUCCACUCUGUGGCUUGCUGUUUUCCCAGGCUCUUCCCAGGAAGCCUGUGGGUUCUUCUACCCAGUGCUUGCCUACCCUUAUCACCUCCAAACCUGUAUGGUGUAUUUGUCAUACUUUCCCCCUCUUUAGCCGCAACCUCCUUCUCAGGGUCCUUUUCUCAAGGAUUCCAGAAAUGUCAACAGUCGCCUUGCUCCCCAAGCCCUGCCAACCCAUGGAAUCUUGACCAGUCGGGGAGAGAAGAGGCUUUUAUUCUGUAACCCAUCAUAUAUUCUUCCAAAUGCACUGUAAGUGUCCCGAGUUCUUGCCAUCCACCUUCAGAAUCAAGCCUUUGAAAUUCCGAAGCCAAGGCUCGCUUCUGCUAUGUCACCUUCCCCGUGGCAACGGGCUGGCUGUCCAGAGGAGGGGGAGGUUACUGUCCCUAAAACGUGACUCCUUCCCCUUACCUCACAGAGCAAGAAGGCAGAGGCUUUGUACUGAAUUGGUUGGACCAUAAAUGAAGAUGUUCUGUCACUAGACAUUUUGCCAAAACCUGAGCGUCAGUGCUGGCUUUGCUGUGGUCCCACCCGAGAAGGUCCAGGGUCUUGGGCUCAAGGGAGAGGAUUGGAGUUCGGUGAUGGUUGGGUCUGGGCCCAGAGGAUCUCUCCAGUGACAGUGCUCCUGGGGAGCCUGGGGCUCUGGAAUCUUGUAACAGGUCGGUCCUUUGAGGCUGUGCCUCUGGGCGGCUCUGCUCUGUGCAUGAGAAGGAUCUUCAGCGGUGCUAGGACAAGCAACUGAGAAAGGCACUUUUUGCCCCUCCUGCUCCCCUUGCCAUCAUGGGAGCAGAUCUGUCUCUACCUGUCUGGACUCACCAUCCUAAAGACCCGGCAGUUCUUCCCUUCCGGACCUUCUGUAAGGGCACAUGCCACUCUCCCUGCCUCUGACCCCUCCUCUGGUCACAGCCCAGCCCUUGCAGCCAUCAUGGCUGCUAGAAAAGAGUUACGGAGUUGCCACCGGGGCUGCGGCUGCUUUUUCCACUCCAGCUCAGAAUCAGAGACGCGCCCUGUGUGCAGCCUGCAGUGCUGCCCACUCUAUUCCCGCAUGUGAACUUGGGGCGAGGCUGGUUUUCCACGCAUUGCUGCCUCCGUGCCCCCAGCCCCUCCUCAGACCUCUGAGGGCCUCUCUGGGUUUCUGUAACUUCCUUCGCUUUCCCGUCUCUCUUCUCACAACCCCUUCAGUAGCUCUCCGCCCUGGAUGUGCAUCAGGAUCAGCAAAGAAGCCUUACAAAAUGCAGAUUCCAGGGCUCCAUUCCUACGGAGGCAGGUUGGGGUUGGCUCUCAGGGAGCCUCACUGUGACAUCUCUUCAUGGUGACGCUUGGGGGCCCUGAGCUCCUGAGAGUCUCGGGGCCUGGAACUGUGCCCCAUCACUGGCCACUGAUGAAUUCUGUCCCAACCCUCAAACCAGGGGUGAUGUGUUUCUCCCUCCAGAGAAAAAACUGCUGGGAAAGGAACUGAGACUAUGACCACAUCCAUCCUAGACAUAUUACAUAUGUAUCUGAAUGAAUCACUGUCAAAGAAAGUGAUUUUUUCAUUUAUAUUAAGUAAGUCUUGUCCAGGCAUUGUGAUGGAGUAUAAACAGAGGUCAUUUCACAUACACUUGAAGUACACAUGUACACAUGAAAUUUAUGAGAGAAUCUCAUGUACACUGAGGGUCAGUGCAUUUUUCUGUAGGUAUAUUAUAGGGCAAUAAAUAUAUUUUAAAUAUUAAAAAAACAAGUAUAAAGAUAAAUUACUUUGACCAUAUGCUAUAUUUUGUUUUUCUCUGUUUGGGGAUGGGAGACUUUGAUUCUAUUCGUCCCAAUGCCAUGUGGGCGGGCUUUCUAGUGGCAGCUCCAGUAGGCAAGGUUUCACAUUUGUGUUCAUAACUCUUCAACUCUCACAUCUUGUGUUCUGUCACUGAUGCCAAAAACUUUGCGGGGAGCCUCUGAAGCUGUGCCUACACCUCAUCAAAGGGUGAGGAAACAGCCUCACAAGGACUUCGUGACUUCUCCCAUCGGCUUAGUUCCUUUCUCCUCUGCAUUUCCAGUUUCCAAUUUGAGAUUGGAUUUUAGGCCCUGUAGAUACAUGACAGGGCAGUGCUGCCUCAGAACUUCCUGUGGUGCCUCUAGGACAUUGGUGACCCCCAAGAAUCUUCUGCAAGUAUUGAUUACAUUGACAUCUAUUUUUAUAAUAAUCUUAUCAAACUGAUCUUCACAGAUUUCUUUCACUUGAGAUAUAAUUAAUAUGCCAUACAAUUCACCCUUCCAAAAUAUACAAUUCAAGCCGGUGUGGUGACUCACACCGGCAAUCUCAGCACUUUUGGAGGCCAAGGUGGGUGGAUCACACUUGAGGUC